AUGUCUUGGAAUACGGCUAACGCACCAACUGGUCGUCGUAAUGGAAGGAAGCCAACCAACACUAACCAGGAAAAACGUAACUCAAAUUGGAUAAGCAACAAGGAGAUCAGGGAGAUGGAAAAGAAUCGACGAAAGCAGGCAAAGGACACGAAAGGCGGCUGGAACUCAAGUUUUUCGGAGAAAUCCUACGAUUCCAACCCCAACAACAGCCCUGAUCAUGAUGUCAAGAAGCUUGUUGACUGGGAAGGCCAGUGGCUUCCGGGUCCCAUUGACUGGGAGCAGCGUCGCAGCUACAGGCACCGCAACUUCGAGGAAGAAGUGUUCAGAUGGGUAAAUGAGGCAAUCGACAAGGGCGCAACAAUUGACAUCGCCGAGGAAAAGGACUUCACUGCUGAGGUCAACGCCGAGAUGGCUCCACGUAUCUGGGCCUCCAUCAAGGUUGAAGGGCUCUCACUUCAAGAAUGGUGGCACAACCACGUCCGUUCCGACCUUGUCGAUUCUGACAGCAAGGCAUGGUGGAUUACCUACAUUUCUCCAGUCUCAAGUCAAAUCACACCUCUUGAAGUCCCCGAAGCAAAGAUAGAGAACGUCAACGAGGGACACUACCUCGAAGAUAAGGGGGCUGAAGAGGCAUGCAAGAAAAAGAACGCACAAAUUGCGAAGAGGAAGGAAGCUAGGGAGAAGAAGCGCCAGCAAGAAGCGCGAAUCCAUGCUGCCGUAGCCGCCAGCAUCCCGGCCUACCAACCUGCCGAGGAGGAGCUGAAGCCAGAGUUCAGCAUCUACCUCCGUUUGGCUUUCCCCGCGGAUACUGUCCAAAUCAAGGAUAUCUGGAAUUGGCACAUCGCGAACUCCAUCCACUCUUCGGAAAUGUCUGAAAGGAGCCAUGCUGACAUCGCUAACCGCCUGUCUGAAGUUACCAACGCCAAUCUGCCUUUCAUUGUAGCAUGUGCUAAGGGAAAAAGGAGAGGUGGCCGGGGCCAGGACCGGAUCCUGGGAUUUGCUUUGGCAGACGACUACGAGGGUAUCAACAGCAUGUACCGCUACACGGCCCAGGCUGAAGUAUUCGUCCACCAUGACUUCUUCAAAUCUAAAGUCGGUAGUUGUCUGAUGGACAAGCUGCUCUACCUUCUAGAUGCGGACUACAACCUUCGUGGAGGCUACCAGUUCGUCGGUGCCGGUUCCAAUCUCAACAAUGGCGGUACCCGUGUGAUCGGCAAGGUCCUCAUGUGCUUUCCAUACGACGCUCGCGACAAGUCUGAGCUCGAAUGGAUGACGAAGUGGCUCGGAAAAUUCCGCUUCAAGAGGGCCGGAGAGCUUACGGACGUGGGCAUGAAACUGGGCAAGAUGGUCAACCUCGCCAUGUUCCAGUACCGUACUGGCACGAGUCUGGACCCCAUCUCCAUGCUCUAG